GGGUGUGCACGGGGGUCGGGAGUGCCUGUGUUCUUUCAGGUGUGUGUGGGCAGGGGCACCUGUGUGUGCCUCUGUGCUCACCCCCACGUGUGUGGGCACGUUCGGGUGUCCGUGCCUGCAUGCACACCUGUGCUCUGUGUGUGUGUCUGUGCACAGCCAUGUCUGGUCACAUCCCUGUGUCCAUUCACAUCCCCUGUCCAUUCACAUCCUCGUGUGCACUCACACCCCACUGUCCACUCACACCCACUGUCCACUCACACCCCACUGUCCACUCACACCCCCUGUCCACUCACACCCCCGUGUCCGCUCACACCCAAUGCCCACUCACACACCCAAUGCCCACUCACACACCCAAUGCCCACUCACACACCCAGUUGUCCGGUCACUCCGGUCCCCUCUGGGGACGCGGCCGGCGCGGAGCCCAGCGAGGGGCGUGGCCCUGGUCACAAAGGGGCGUGGUCAGCGGAACUUGGGGCGUGGUUUGCUUCGUGAGGGGCGUGGCCUGUCUCUGCCAGAGAGGGGUGUGGUCGAGAGGGGCUGCGGCCCUGGUGCCGCUGCGGCCGUUGCCGAGGCGCCAGCCAAUGGGCGGGCAGGUUGCUGGGAGGCGGCAGCCAAUGGCCGCGCGCGUUGCUGUUGCCGGGCGGCCCGUACCGGCCGUGCCGCGGCCGUCCCGGGGCGAUGCCGGUCCCGGCCGUGCCAUGGAGAUGCCAGGGGCCAUGGACAUCCGCUGCGGUGGUCUGCUCUUCAGCUCCCACUUCGACUCGGGCAAUCUGGCACACGUGGAACAGGUGCGGCCUACAGAGCCGGGGGGCGGCCCCGCCGCCCGCGGCAGCGCUCUGCCCGCCGCCGACUACGAGUUCAACGUGUGGACGCGGCCCGACUGCGCCCACACUGAGUAUGAGAACGGCAACAGGUCCUGGUUCUACUUCAGCGUGAGCGGGGGCGCCCCGGGGAAGCUGAUCAAGCUGCACAUCCUGAACAUGAACAAGCAGAGCCGGCUGUACGCGCAGGGCAUGACCCCCUUCGUGCGCACGCUGCCCGUGCGGCCGCGCUGGGAGCGCAUCCAGCAGCGCCCCAGCUUCCAGGUGGUGGAGGCGCAGUUCGUGCUGUCCUUCGUGCACCGCUUCCUGGAGCGUGGCACUGUCACCUACUUUGCCUUCUGCUACCCCUUCUCCUACACGGAGUGCCAGGACAUGCUCAAAGAGCUGGAUCGCCGCUACCAGGACUGCAGGCACAUGUCCCCCAGCAGCCCCCUGGACUCGGUCUAUUACCACCGGGAGCUGCUGUGCCACUCUCUGGACAAGCUGCGUGUGGACCUGCUGACCAUCACCUCGUGCCAUGGCAUGCAGGAGAAGCGGGAGCCCCGGCUGGACAAGCUUUUCCCAGACACCAGCACACCCCGGCCUCACUGCUUCACUGGAAAGAGGGUGUUUUUCCUCAGCAGCAGAGUCCACCCAGGAGAAACCCCCUCCAGCUUUGUCUUCAAUGGCUUCCUGGACUUCAUCCUGCGGGAGAAGGACCCCCGUGCGCAGAUGCUGCGGCGCAUGUUCGUGUUCAAGCUGAUCCCCAUGCUGAACCCCGACGGGGUGCUGCGGGGCCACUACCGCACCGACUCGCGCGGGGUGAACCUGAACCGGCAGUACCUGCACCCCGACGCCGAGCUGCACCCCGCCGUGUACGGCGCCAAGGCCGUCCUGCUCUACCACCACGUGCACAGCCGCGUCCUGCCCGGCUCCCCGGACUGGAGGACGUUUGUCUCCCCCCUCAGCACCAGCUCGCUGAGCCUGAAAUCCCCCAACUGCCCCGUGCCGGCCGCGGAGGCCCCGUUAUCGGAGCUGGACAAAAGCAACAACCUCCGCAACUGCCCCGGCUCGUGGCGGGCCAGCAGCCGCUCCUGCCCGGCUGAGGGCAGCCCUAGGGCGCUGGGCCAGGAUGCCCAGGUGUCAGACAGCUCCGAGCGAGCCGCCUGCAUCCUGCCAUCGAGCCCCGGCAGCGAGCGCUGUGAGGAGGGGCCCUUGGUGCCCGCCCCGGCCGCCGUGCCCGAAGCUGAGCCCGCACAGCCCGCAGAGCCCAUCGCGCCCCGGGACAGUGGCCUCGCCUACUACGUGGACCUGCACGGGCACGCCUCCAAGCGCGGCUGCUUCAUGUACGGCAACUGCUUCAGCGACGAGAACGACCAGGUGGAGAACAUGCUGUUCCCCAAGCUCAUCUCCCUCAACUCCCCUUACUUCGACUUCACGGGCUGCAACUUCUCGGAGAAGAACAUGUACGCGCGGGACAAGCGCGACGGGCAGUCCAAGGAGGGCAGCGGCCGCGUGGCCAUCUACAAGGCCCUGGGCAUCAUCCACAGCUACACCCUGGAGUGCAACUACAACACGGGGCGCUCGGUGAACAGCAUCCCGGGGGCCUGCCAUGACAACGGCCGUGCCAGCCCCCCGCCGCAGCCCAACUUCCCCUCCCGCUACACCGUGGACCUCUUCGAGCAGGUGGGCCGGGCGCUGGCGGUGGCAGCCCUGGACAUGGCCGAGUGCAACCCCUGGCCGCGGAUCGUGCUCUCGGAGCACACGUGCCUGGGCAACCUGCGGGCCUGGAUGCUGAAGCACGUGCGGGGGCUGCGCGGCAGCGCCGGGGGCCCGCGGAGGAGAGGAGGUGCCAGGACCCCCCCCAGGAGCUCCACGGGGCUGCCCACCUCGGCCUCUGACCACGCGCUGCCCCGUGCCAGGAGCUUCAGCAGCGGCACCGCUGGCAGCGGGGGCAGCCAGCAGGACUCCCCCCGGAUCCGAGCCUCCCCCAGCUUCACCCUGGGCAGCCCCAGGCCCCCGGCCGUGCCGCAGAGCCCCGGGGGUGGCGGCAGCAGCCCGGCCCCGGGCAGAGGGGCUGUGCCCAAGGGCGCCCGGGCAGCGCUGAGCAGCAGCCACGAGCCACGCGAGGCCCAGCGAGGCGAGCAGGAGCUCCAGGACGGGACACUCCUGCAGGUGCUCCCAGUGAAGCUGAAUGCCCGGAGAGCCCCAGGAAGGCCUGGGGCUCUGCCCCGAGGCUCCCGCGCCCCCCGCGAGGGCGCCGGGCACCGAGGGACCCUUCCCGUGCUGGGGGCGGCCCGAGCCCCGGCCCCGCCGUACCGGGCAGCGGCGGCAGCGCCGGCAGAGCUGCUGCGGCCCUGCUCGGCGCCGGGGCUGUCCCCGCGCGGGGCCCCGCAGCACCGAUCGCCGCUGGCCCGGCUGCUGCCCACGGCGCCGCUGCUGCUGCGCUGAACCCGCCCCGCCCCGGGGGUUGGUCACAACGUCACACGGUUUUGUCGUGUAUCAGCGUGUUUCCGUUAAAGCCGGUUUGGAAGAA